GGGAGCGGCUGCAGUUUCCACAUACCUUCAGUUACAUUCGACAGCAUUUCUGCUGAGACAGAAACCAAACAGCUUCUAGCAUAGCAUAAUAAUUUUGAAGUGAGAAAAAUAGAAGAGGUGCUAAAUUAACGAUAGAUCCAGCUGUAAUCUGUCUAACGGCUUACAGUCAGCAUGGUUACGGUGGACUUCAAGACACUCACAGCACCGGUGGGCAUUUUAAGGAUACUGGCAGUGGUCUUAACCUGCAUCUCCUUCAGCCUGGUGGCAUCACUGGGCCACAUUUCUCUGUCCUUCUGGGCCUGGUGCAUGUUCAGCUGGUGUUUCUGCUUCUGCAUCACCUUCCUCGUGCUCCUCCUGGAACUGACAACUCUAAACACAAAGCUGCCCAUCUCCUGGGAUGACUUCACUGCUGCAUUUGCCAUGUUGGCUACCCUGAUGAUGUUCACAGCAGCUGUUAUCUAUCCAUAUUUCUACGUCUGCUCUAGCUGCGGCAGAGGUAUUGGUGCCAGUGUCACGACCUGCUUGGCCUUCAUCCUCUACGCCGUUGAGGUGGGGCUUACCCGGGCCAAACCUGGUGAGAUCAGUGGAUUCCUUUCCACAAUCCCAGGCCUCCUCAAGGUUUUAGAGGCCUUUGUGGCCUGCAUCAUCUUCAUCUGUUUGGACUUCACCUUUUACUCUAACUUCCCGGGGCUCCAGUGGUGUGUUGCCGUCUACUCCAUCUGCUUCAUUUUUGCCCUCCUCGUCAUCAUUUUUACCAUCGGCCGCCUGCUUUCUCUCUUCCCCGCACCCUUCGACAAAGUCUUGACGGUGUGCAAUGUGCUGGCAGUGCUGAUGUACUUCACAGCUGUGGUCAUUUGGCCAUUUUACAGCUUUAGGAACAAUUUAGGCAACAGGGAUUUUUACAUAGUCAUUACUGUGAUGACCUGCUUGAACCUCAUUGCUUACAUUGUCGAUACAGUUUACUCGUUUAAGCUCGUCUUCUUCGUCAGCAGAACAUAGGUUGCAAAAACACCCCAAAAAGUCAGCGUGAACUUAUCUUUGAUUGAUUGAUUGAUUGAUUGAUUGAUUGUAUCAUAGUUAUUUUUAUGAUGGUUUAUGUCAUUUUGUUUUGCUGCAGAUUUCAU